AUGGAGGAAACGAUUCAACGAACAUUUAAGAGAAAUCGAAAAAGAUCGGAGAAAUGUACUAUUGCAACAGCUCUUCUUAUUCAGCUAGGUGACGCCCUCGGUACAAUAUACAGUGCUUGUACUUAUGCACUGCACCACUGGAAGCAGGAUUCAAAAGCCACUGAAUUCUGGAACCGAUUUGAAAAGAAACGAACUCUAAAAGAACAACAGUAUGAUACAAAUGUCGAAAUACAAAAACGUCAAAAUGAUGACUAUAUUGAGAAAGAAAAUUCAAAAUCUUGUAAAGUUGAGGAUAGCGGUGUGAAGAAGCAGGAAAAAGAAAAAGGAAAUAAUUUGAAUGAUAAUGAUCACAGUCAGGUUAAAAAUCUCCUAAACGAGUUGCGUAGUUCAGAAAAAAUGAAAAAUUUAGUGGAAUGUUUUCAAAAAUAUUGUAACGAAUCUGUCAAUGAAUUAACUAAGAACGAAAUUAUGGAUCUUACUCCGUCUUCGGAGUUCGUACUAAGAUAUACGGAUGAAGAUGACUACAUGCAAGUUCUAAGAGAGACCUUUGAGUCCGUUGAUGAGUUAUUUCCAGAAAGCGCAAUUAAGUUCCUUAAUGAGUUUUUUUCAGAGACUUGCAUUCACGAACAAUGGGAUGAUAAGUUAGAAAGCUUAUUAGAACCGGAAGAAGAUCAAUUUUUAAAAAAAUUGAAAAGACUAUUAUUCGAAACGUUACCCAUCUUCUUUGAUGCAUUUUCAAUGCUCUAUGAUAAUCCACUCAAAAAUCACAAUAUGUUGGAAGAAGAGUACAUGAACACAUACAUCCAUCCCGUUCUAAAGAAGGCUUUGCACAGGUUUUCGAAUAUUCGUUAUAUACAAGGUAACAAGGCUGUUCAAGCGUCUGCGUAUAGGAAACUAGUAAUGAGGCAAGAGGGAUAUGCAGAUCGUUCAGACGGCCUCGCUUACAUUAUUACCGAAAAACAAUAUGAAAUAUGUGUUAUAGAAGGAUCUAGACCAUAUGUCGUUGAUGAUACGAAAGAAAUGUCUGAUUUUGUUCAGAAUGCGAGGGCAGGAAAAGAUAUAAUAAAUUACACUGUUGUGUCUGAAGUUAAACUGAAGCGAGCUCCGCCUUUACAAUUUAAGGCCUAUAUG